AUGCACCCGGCCAGACACGAAGAUAUAAAGGAAAUAGGACAAACAGCAUUCAGUAAAGUACCGAAGUACUUUACGAACAGCAACAUGGAAAAAGAGCAAAAGCAUUCCCAGAGGCCCCAAGAUUCCGCAGGACUUUACAGCAAAAGGCAAAGGAAUAAUAGGACACCCACCAAUCGAAGCAUGAGGAGGCGAAGUAAUAUUUAUGAAACAGCAGGAUCUCAGUAA